GCAACGGAUGCAUGGGCUGCUGGGGAUCGGGAGAAAAAGGCCGUGACGAUCGCGCAUUUUAACAAUUUGGCGCAGUCCUCUGAGUGACCAGACAGGGUUCUUGGCAGACAGGAAACGUAUGUUUUCGGCCCUUGAACCAUGAUGUCUUCCGCCUGAUGCAGUUGAGGCGAAUGCAGAUGAUAUUACCUGACUGGCUUCAAGCGUGCGGUUUGUAUCUUGUCUGGAACGAUCUCCGACAAAUCCGAAAUCCUGGUGUCUCAGUUUGCCCCCGCUGUGGAAUUCCGGCCUCAGGCAGUCCUUCGCACCGGUUACAGGCCGCCGUAGAGGAUGUCGUCCAGGUAGGAAUCCCCUAUCCCGGGCCCCCAGAUAGCAGACCGAUAACACAGGCUUCUAGGGAUGUGACCGCGCACACUGAUGCCGUACAGGUUCAGACAAAGGCUCAGAAACAGGCUAUUCUAACACGGAGAUGUCUACGGAGACUGACACUGUACGGUGCCUAUCGUGUGGACAUGCCGAUUCCGGAUACCCCAGCAUUUGACUAUACCCCUGCUAUGAGGGGUAUAGUUGAAAGGAUAUUAGCCGCCAACGAGUUAGCAAGAGGUCAGAGCUCGGAGCAUCUCGAUCAAUACAAGAAACAAUGCGCAGAAAUAGGACACGCGAUGGACACUGUUAAGGGUGUGGGGUCCGUAUCCCACAAUUACGAUCCAUUUUCAUCUAGCAAUGACAUAUUUGGAUCUCGACAAGACCUGGUCAAGGAAGUCGGGCUGGUUCGGAUGUGAAGGCAUAAAACAUGUUUGCCAAAAAGUUGAAGUGUGUCUUGUUAUUGACUUGGACAUACCCGGUCAAGUCUACUUGUACAAUUCUCCAUUUUUCAACGUUCCGGUUGGAUGGACGCUGAAACUUGCGAAAUGGAUCUCCUCGAUAUGGUUGAGCUUUGCCAAAUAUGUCCGGCCUUGAGAAGCUCACAUCCUCCCAUGGGAGCGUCGAACCAGGCUUCUACCUUCAUACCGCAGCCCUCGCCCGCAGGAUAUGUUGCCCGAAAUAGACAUUCCUAUUUCUUGACCUCAGCGGCUAUAAGUGCCCGCUGUCAUGAAU